CCAAUCACAAAAUUCAUUCAAAUUUCUCCAACUCAUCGUCGUACCCAAUUCCAACAACCCUAACCUUCAAAAACAAAACCCUAAAUUCAAUAUAGGGUUAGGGUUUUCAGGAAUUACAAUCGAAUAAAAAUGUCGAGGAUGGCGAGGAGUUGCAUGCAAUCAUUAUUGAAGGUGGUUAAUUCGUUGAUUGGAAUGGUAGGGAUUGCCAUGAUUUUAUACGCACUUUGGAUGUUUAGGGCUUGGCAUAAACAGAUGGCUCCUUAUCCUUCACCUUUCUUUGGCCCUGAUAGCCCUGCCCCAUGGUUCAUUUACGCAACACUUGGUCUUGGAAUAACUUUGUCCGUAGUCACUUGCUCAGGUCACAUUGCUGCAGAGACUGCUAAUGGCUGUUGCUUGUAUAUUUACAUGGUUUUUGUCUUCCUACUCCUCAUGAUCGAAGCAGCUGUGACAGUAGAUGUAUUCCUCAACAGAAACUGGGAAGAGGACUUCCCUGAGGACACGACUGGGAAUUUCAAUGAGCUUAAACACUUCGUGAAAGAGAACUUUGACAUUUGUAAAUGGAUUGGCUUGUCAGUAGUGACUGUGCAGGGUCUAACUAUAUUAUUGGCAAUGAUCCUUAAAGCUCUAGGACCACAUCAGGAAAGGUAUUACUAUGAGAGCGAUGAUGAGUAUGUUCCCGACAGAGUCCCACUAUUGAAGAGUUAUGUUCCUUCACCCUCUUAUGUUGUUGGCGACCCUAUGUAUGCACCUAAGAAUGAUGCUUGGAAUAUCAGAAUUAACAGCAAGGCAAGCAGAUGAGCUCCAAGUUCAGUUGGUCAAUCGGCAAGAACUGAAUUUGCAAUACAAUUGUUUGCAUUGAGCAAAAUAUGUGUGAAGUUGAAGGUGGGAUUCGCAUGCUUCCGACCUGCAGUAGAAUUCAUGUAAACAUGUGCAGUUCUUGUAUAUUCUGGGUCCAUAUACCUCUUACACUUGUUGUACAAUGUGAUAAUGCAAGAGUUCGAAACGUCUACUUCAGUUGCUUUUAUGUGUAAUAGUAGAAUCAUGAAACUUACGAGGACAGGGAGUAAAGUACAGCAGUAAAACUAUUAGGGAUGAAAAAACAAAAGAAAUCUAAUCAUUCUCUUGCUAGGUAUAGUGGAGGAACAAUCAAUUACACUUGUCACUAGUGGAGACUGUUGAAUUCUUUUGCAGUAUUACUUAUUUGUUUGUCCCUAUUGUGGACUAACAAUCAAUCAUACUUGUUAUUAUAAGUAAAAGAGGAGACCGUUUAGAUCUUCUGAA